AUGUUCGCUCUCGCCCUCACCAUCCUUGGCCUCGUAGCAGCUGCCCCCACUCCUGGGCUGCAGCGUUACCACCCCAACGGGUCCAACACCUACUGCCUCUCGGGCAUGGACAGCGGUUACAGCAGCAUUGACGGAUGCGGACUGGGUCUCCAGAACUUUGAGCUUGCCAGUGGCCAGCUCCGCCAGACCGACGGCGGAUACAACAUGUGCAUCUACCCCGAGGGCGAGUCGAACGGCGCCAAGGUCAAGGGCGCUAUCUGCACGAAUGCACACUCGAACUGGGCACCCGGGCCGCGCCCGGGCACGAUUGCGUGGAAGGGUGUCUGGUGCCUCGACAACUCAUGGGGAAAGCUUGAGGAGGGCAACCCUGUCCAGAUCUGGAAGUGCUCCAGUUACACCAACAAGAACCAGGUGUGGACGACGACCGCGGCUCCGGCUGGUGGGUGGUUUUAG